AUGCGACCGAAUCUGACCGUUGCGCGGGUCAUCAGCGCCAGUCUUGCGGUCGCUGUGCCUGUCGCAUAUGCAUUGUCGCCACGUACAGAGAUCUCCGAUUCGUAUGAUUUCGUGAUUGUCGGUGGAGGUCAGGCUGGUCUCGUGUUAGGCGCGCGACUGUCUGAAAAUUCGAAACACACUGUCCUUGUCCUUGAGUCUGGCGGCAAUGGAGAUGAAUAUCGAGAACGUAUAGAUACCCCAGCAUAUUCCUACUUUGACUCUCUGUGGACGACACCUUUGAACUGGGGCUACUAUACCAUUCCUCAGCCUAAUGCAAAUAAUCGCGAAAUCUACUGGCCUCGUGGCAAGGUACUUGGAGGCAGUUCCGCCAUCAAUGGGCUGUAUUUGACCCGCCCGGGAGAAAUUGAGAUCAAUGCCUGGAAAGAUAUGCUGGGAGACAUGGAUGGGGCCGAGAAUUGGGCCUGGGAUUCAUUCUACGCCGCAAUGAAGAAAAGUGAAAACUUCACGGCCCCAUCCGAGAGCAUCGCGCAAGAGGCAAACAUCACCUGGAAUACAGCAGACCAUGGCACAGACGGACCAAUCCACGCAUCAUAUCCUGGCUUCACGUUUGCUCAAGUUGGGCAGUGGGAAGAAUCCUUGGUGAGUAUGGGUAUUGCGGCUUCCAAGGACAUGUACGGUGGUCAGCCAUGGGGUUCUGAGGUGUCCACAUCAUGCAUCAAUCCCACGAACUGGACGCGAUCCUAUAGUCGCACUGGAUAUCUUGACCCGCUCGCAGACGCGGGCAACUACGAUGUGCUUGCUAAUGCUCAUGUCACUCGCAUUAUCUUCGACAACUCAACUUCGUCAGGAAAUCUCACAGCGAACGCUGUUGAGUACACGACCAAUAAUGGGACGACAAAGCUCACGGUCAAAGUCGGCAAAGAAGUUAUCCUAACAGCUGGUACUAUCGGUAGUCCAGCUGUGCUGCUUCAUAGUGGUGUCGGCCCCAAGGACGUUUUGUCUAACGCCGGGGUUGAUCUUGUUUCUGAGCUUCCCGGUGUUGGACAGCAUCUUCAAGAUCACCUGAGCGCUACUGUGAAAUGGACCACGAAUGUGGAAACGGCAGGAUCGAUCUUCUACGAUAAUGGCAGCGAGAGGAACAACACUCUUUUCCUCACCUAUAUCGACUCAGCCGUCGCCUAUGUGAACGCUACCGGAAUGUAUGGUAGUAAAGUCGAUUCAUUCAAGUCAACCAUUCUCAGUCAAAUUGACCAGUACAAACCAAACACGACUUACGAUAACGGAGUUGUCGAUGGAUACACGGCAAUUUGCAACACGACUGCGUCUACUAUCUUCAGUAGCCCAAUUGGCCAGAUUGAACUACUCUUCAUGAACAGCGACAGCAACGGCGACGUCGGCAUCACUGCAGCUCUGCAGCAUCCUUACAGCCAUGGUCGUAUCUAUAUCAACUCUUCCAACCCAAUGGAUUACCCGGUCAUUGACCCGAAUUAUCUAUACAACCCAGUUGAUUAUGAGAUUCUCCGCGAAGGGCUGAAACUUGCACGUAAAUUGGGCGAGACUGCUCCGGUCAGCAGCACACUCACCAAUGAAACAUCGCCCGGCUCAUCUGUCCAAACCGAUGAUCAGUGGCUUGAGUGGAUAAUCGAGUCAGCUGGUACAGAGUACCACCCGUCGUCAUCGUGCGCAAUGCUUCCUCGUGAUCAAGGUGGUGUAGUCGACGCGAACCUCCGCGUAUACGGGCUUGCAAAUGUCCGAGUCGCGGACGCGAGUGUUCCCCCCAUUGCAUUGUCCACACACUUGAUGGCUUCGACGUACGGAGUGGCUGAGCAAGCAGGAAUUAUCAUUCGGAAGUAUUACGAUGGGGCUCUGGCCACAACAGCUCCUUCUUUCAGCUCCACGUCCGCUAACACAACUAGCACCGCUAGUUCCAGCAAGCACGCCAAUGGCAGUACUUCCAGCAGUAGAUACCCUGUGUCAAUCCUUGCAUGGCUGCCGUUGGCAAUUGCUGUAAUUCUGUCUUUUGGAGGGCUGAACUGA